AUGUCGUCUCCCACCCGCUAUGUAUCUGAAGCUACACCAAACUCAUCUCCUGCGUCUCCUGACUGUUCACCCGCUCUCCAGAUUGGAGUGUCUUGCCCGGUGAGCAAAGCUGAUGAGCUGCGAAUGUUGGCGCUCACUACACGCGCUCAGCAGGAGAUGAUGACCUACAGAGGGUACGAACUAGGCUAUGCUACAGGAGAAAUUGAAGGAGAUGGAGGCGCGGCACCAGGCGAAAAUGAAGGAGUACAAGGCCAAAAUCUGCGCUCUUGA